GAAAUGGUGUGGCGAUGCCCUAUUGGCCAGAGUGGAAAAGAGGCUCCAGGAGAGAGGGAUGAGAAUCGGUUCUGACUUACUUCUGCGUAGAACAAAAAAGAGUACCCGUUGGGGUUUCGGGGACUUUAAAAAGGGAGCAAAGGGAUAAAGAGAGCUGAUGAGUGAUGAAAGCAUAAGUAGCCGACUCGCUCUCUUGAAUUCUCACCUGUCUCCAAUGGCUUCCGAGAAAGAAGCUGCUCUUGCAGCCGUUCCCUCUGAUUCUCCCACCAUAUUUGACAAGAUCAUUAAUAAGGAAAUUCCAUCCAAGGUUGUAUAUGAGGACGAUAAGGUCCUUGCUUUUAGGGACAUAUCUCCCCAGGCUCCCACACACAUACUAAUCAUUCCUAAAGUGAAGGAUGGGUUGACUGGACUAUCCAAGGCUGAGGAGCGGCACUUUGAGAUUCUUGGCCGCCUUCUUUACACUGCCAAGCUUGUUGCCAAGCAGGAAGGCCUGGAUGAUGGCUUCAGGGUUGUGAUUAAUGAUGGGCCAAAUGGAUGUCAAUCGGUUUAUCACCUUCACAUCCACCUCCUUGGGGGACGACAAAUGAACUGGCCCCCUGGCUAAGAUUGGAGUUAUUUGGACCACGAUGGCCGACAAAGUGUCAAUGGCAGUGAUAUUGUGCAUUGUCUGCCUCAUUGGUACCUAUCAAUAAGCAAGAAAUUUGAAAUUGUUGGCUUUGACUUCUAGCAUAUAACGUAAUACCCAUUACAAUAAUCAGGUGGUUUGUAGUUAAACCAUUAACUUGUGUGUUAUGUGCGUGUUUUCACGUCAAUACUUCAUGUUGUCAUGUGGUGUUUGUGGUGCUCUAAAUAUUUCAAUCAGUGCAGUACACAAGGGAGGUAGAUUGGAAAUUCUGGUUGUUGGUAUGGCAUGUAAUUUUCAUAAACCGAUGGCAACUUUGUAUCCUAAACCUAAAACGUUGAUGAUCAA